AAACACGUAGAAAGAUUGAUCGGGGUAUAGAAUUUACUUGUAUAUAUAAAGCGGGCACCAGAGCUCAAAGAAUUCAACUUCUCUCGUAGUGAAAGCUUCAACAAGACAUAAUUUCUGUCUCGGAUCUUUGAGUCUGCUCAAUUUACUUCAGGAAUUUUUUUAACCGCUUUUCUAACAAGCAAAUCAAUCAAAAUGGUGGUCGCCAAAGUGUGGAAGACAGUGAAGCCCUUCGAGGGCACCCCCAAAAUCACCGACUUCGAGCUGGUGGAAGAGAAAUUGGCAGACACCCUCAAGCCAGACGAGAUUCUGAUUGAGGCUGUUUUCUUCACCGUGGAUCCCUACAUCAGAACGCUGAAUCUCCCCACAGGACUGCCCGCUGAACAAGUUGGGAGAAUCAUGGAGUCCAAAGCCAGAGACUUCCCCAAAGGCGCUCUAGUCCUCGCCCACGUUGGCUGGAGAAGCCACGCCAUCCUCAACGUCAAAGAGACCAUGAACCUGGGAUUCAAACCCACGAUCGUACCCAAAGUACCCGGCCUCUCUCCCUCCCUGUGGCUCGGAGUCAUCGGCAUGCCAGGUUCCCAACCCAUUCGGCAGGAUUCUGUUCGCUGAGGCACAGGUGAGAGGCUUCUUCAUCUUCAACCACCUGGACGAGUUCCCCCGAGUGAGGAAAGAAAUCAUCUCUCUUGUACAGCAGAAAAAACUCCAGCCCAGAGAGACAAUCACAAACGGUUUCGAAAACAUGGCCCAAGCCUUCAUCGAUUUGUUCAAGGGAGCUAACAUCGGAAAAUCCAUCAUCAAAGUUUAAGGCCUACCGAGUUGUUUCCCAUUAAUAUUUAAGUCAUAAUAAAUAUUAUUAUUUUUUUACUAUCGUUUAAUUUAUUAUGUUAUGCCCAUUUCAGUUGUCCAUUCCAUGAAUCAUGAAAUAAAUACAUAUGUUUACUUUUA